GCAAAAUCUGGAUGACUGUUUAAACCUCUUUUUCUAGGUUUUUCUUUGUUUCUUUUUUGCUGAUAGAAUCCUGAAACAUGCCGAUUUCAACAAGGAGGACCUGGAAUGUCAAACGCGACGAUUCCCCUCCAGCCCUUCCCCCCACGAGAUGUGAAAAGCGGUGAAAUUAGUAACAACAUUGCAUUUAUCUAUUUCAUUCGAAUAACCCACUGUCGUGAAUCCAGACGCAAAUCUAAGGACCAUGAUCGAAAGGAAAACGCGCUAUGAAAUAGCUGAUUUAUGAUGCCUCCUGAGGAUUUCCCUUUGCCACGGCAGCUGCGGACUGCCCCCUGCUGUUAGGAGGCUGCAAUGUCCUGGACAACACAGAUGCCCUUCCUCUCACCUCUCCGGCUGUUUCUGACAUGGCCUUGAGCCCCAGAUCUGCCUAGAAGACCUUAUGGAGCAGGAUGUGGAGAGUUCAGUUACUACCAGGCAGCCUAAACUGCCCAAGCAAGUCAGGGACGACCUGCCCAAGCAGCUGGUGGACAAUAACCAGCGCAAGAGGAAGACCCAGAGGUACGUGCGCAAGGAUGGGAAGUGCAAUGUGCACCACGGGAACGUGCGGGAGACCUACCGGUACUUCACCGACAUCUUCACCACACUGGUAGACCUCAAGUGGAGGUUCAACCUCUUCAUCUUCGUCCUGGUUUACACGGUCACGUGGUUGUUCUUCGGGUUCAUGUGGUGGCUCAUAGCCUACAUCCGGGGCGAUUUGGACCACAUAGGAGACAACAAGUGGACUCCUUGUGUCAACAACCUCAACAACUUUGUCUCGGCUUUCCUGUUCUCCAUAGAGACCGAGACAACCAUCGGGUAUGGCUACAGAGUGAUCACGGACCAGUGCCCCGAGGGCAUCUUGCUGCUCCUGGUGCAGUCGGUGCUGGGCUCCAUCGUCAACGCCUUCAUGGUGGGCUGCAUGUUCGUGAAGAUCUCGCAGCCCAAGAAGCGGGCGGAGACGCUGGUGUUCUCCACCAACGCGGUCAUCUCCAUGCGGGAUGGCCGGCUGUGCCUGAUGUUCAGGGUGGGGGACCUGCGAAACUCGCACAUCGUGGAGGCCUCCAUCCGGGCCAAGCUCAUCAAGUCCAAGCAGACCAAGGAAGGGGAGUUCAUCCCACUGAAUCAGACGGACAUUAACGUGGGCUACGACACAGGCGACGACCGCCUUUUCCUGGUGUCCCCGCUCAUUAUCUGCCAUGAGAUCAACCAGCACAGCCCCUUCUGGGACAUCUCCAAGGCCUACCUGGAAAAGGAGGAGCUGGAGAUCGUGGUCAUUCUGGAAGGCAUGGUGGAGGCCACAGGUAUGACGUGCCAGGCCCGCAGCUCGUAUGUGACAGGCGAGAUAAAGUGGGGCCACCGCUUCACGCCGGUGCUGACCCUUGAGGACGGCUUCUACGAGGUGGACUACAACAGCUUCCACGAGGUGUACGAGACCAACACGCCCUCCUGCAGCGCCCGAGAGCUGGCCGAAAUGACCGCCCGCGCCCGCCUCCCCCUCUCCUGGUCCCUGGCCAGCAAGCUGAACCAGCACGCUGCCUUCGACCCGCCCAAAGUCCAGCCCGAGACGGACACCGAGGACAAGGCGGAGAGAAACGGAGACAUCUGCAACGUGGAGUCCAGACUGUAGUCGCUUCAGUUGAGCCGAGAUUUGGGGCGGGUGGGGGUCUCUCAUCCACCCCUCAGCACAACAGACCAGUGUCCUGGAGGGGGUGGUGUUGAAGUUAAAUGCUGGAGUCGAAGCAGUGCAGACCCAGGGGCUACAGCAGAUCCUGCCACCUCCAAGGAGAACAAAGCCAGCCAGACACGCAAACGGGGGGCGAUCGCAUGCUUUGGUAAUUGUUCUUUCUUUAAC